AUGACUCGGGGUAACCAGCGCGACCACGAUCGGGCCAAGGCCCAGAAGAAGGCAGCUUCGGCGAAAAGCAAGAACACCAUGAGUGGUACCGAGUUCCAACGUGCUAAGGAGGACGCGGCCGCGAUUAUGCGUGAGAAGCAGCGCAAGGGUAUGCCAAUUCCCAACUUUUCCGCCCGCGUGUUGUGUGGAUGCGCCAACGGGUACUGA